GCACGCUAGCCAAACAGAAGCGUCAUAAAUUCUGAUGGUUCAACGAAAGUGAGACGAUGAUGAACCUAACUUGGCAAGGCGCUGAACCGGUUGGCGACCUCCUUGGCGUCACUUUUAAUCAAGACUGCUCUUCGAUAGCUGUCGGAACUCGCUCAGGAUACAAGCUCUAUCAGUUUUCAUCCGACGAACGCCUAGCCAAAAUCCACGAAAUGAUGGGAGAAGAUGCUUGCAUUGUAGCGCGCUUGUUUCAAAGCAGUCUGGUUGCCGUGGUGGGGCAGAAGGAGCCGAGAAAGCUGAGAGUUUAUCAUUUCAAGAAAGCAACGGAAAUAUGCAAUUACAGUUAUGCGAAGGAUGUGCUGAAUGUGAAGUUGAAUAGACAGCGGUUGAUCGUCAUUGUGGAAGACACUUUGGUCAUUCAUGGAAUAAAGGACAUGAAGGUCAUUCAUACCAUUCGCGAUACACCUCUCAAUCCAUCAGGUGUGUGUGCAUUCUCUUCAAGUUCUGAGAACAACUACUUAGCAUAUCCCGGAAGCACUCAAGUCGGAGAGGUUCAAAUAUAUGAUGCUUACCACUUGAAAUCUGUUGCAAUGUUCUCAGCACACGACGGUCCAUUGGCAGCCCUUAGUUUUACUGAUGACGGCAUAAAAUUGGGAACAGCAUCAGUAAAGGGUACUGUGAUUCGAGUUUUUAAAUCCGAUGACGGCACAAAACUUUUUGAAUUCCGGAGAGGUGUCAAGAGAUACGUCGAGAUCAGUUGCCUCGCGUUUAGUCCUGACGGCAAGUAUCUGUGUGCAUCAAGCAAUACAGAGACCGUCCACAUCUUCAAACUGGAAGUACAGAAGGAGAAGCCCGAGGAAGAAUCACAAAGCUGGAUGGGUUACUUUAGUAAGGCACUCGCCGCUCCUGCCAGCUAUUUACCCAGCCAGGUGACCGACGUAUUCAGUCAGGGACGUUCGUUUGCGAUGGCUCGUCUGGAGAAGCCGGGGCAGAAGAACAUCUGUGCUAUCACCGUGAUGCAACAGAUGUCUCGUCUAGUCGUCGUGACUGCCGACGCAAACGUCCGGAUAUACAACAUCAAUCCGGCCGAGGGUGGCGACUGCAAGCUCGUCAAACAAUACAAUCUUCUAACGAUCGACGAGGACGGGAUGGAUUCAUCAGCUGUGGAAAGUCAGGCGUCCGGUCUGGCAGCAAUAGCACAUCCAAAAUCAAGAGUGUUUGAGGAAUCUCGAGAGUCAGAACCAGUCGGCAAGUCUAAGUCGGCUGUUCUGGAGAAAGAGGAUGUUCGACCGCAGGAAGAUGGCGAUACAGAUGACGAUCGGCCGCCGGAUCAGUUCAAGUCAGGUGAACAGUGAAGGCUAAGUUUCUCGACGUGGAGACUUAGUGCAUGGAUUUGUACAGCACAUAGAAUGCAUACGGUUACUGUAUCUUCUUCCAUUUGCAAUCAUGUGAAUACCACGUUUUGUGAUAGUGUGAAUACCAACUGCAGGGAAUUAGGAAUGACAAACAUGUAGUGUGGGGUGUGAGGUUUGUAUGACUGAUAACUGUUAUAGAUGUGAUCGACGAGGAGGUAACAUUUCU